CGUUGCUGUUUCCAGCCAUCCUGUGUCUCACCACCCCAGAGUCCGGUGGGACGUGUAGAUAUAAAGCCAUCUUCUUCCUUUUGUGUUUGAUGCAUCAGCAGGCAAAAUGUAUCGCAUAUCCAAUAUCUAUGUUCUCGCCGCCUUUGGCACCAUUGGCGGUGCCCUGUUCGGGUUUGAUGUUAGUUCGAUGAGUGCCUGGAUCGCCAGUGAACAGUAUCUCGAGUACUUUAACCAUCCUGAUUCCAACCUUCAAGGCGGAAUCACUGCCUCCAUGUCCGCUGGCUCCUUUGGCGGUGCCAUCGCAGCCGGCUUCAUCUCCGACAGCAUCGGCCGACGAUACUCUCUCAUGAUCGCCUCUGUCAUCUGGAUCAUCGGCGCCGUCAUCCAGUGCAGCGCACAGAAUAUCGCCCAUCUCGUCGCCGGCCGUGUCAUCAGCGGUCUAGCAGUCGGCAUCACAUCGUCGCAAGUCUGCGUGUAUCUUGCUGAGCUCGCCCCCGCCCGCAUCAGAGGUCGUAUCGUGGGUGUCCAGCAGUGGUCGAUCGAAUGGGGCAUGUUGAUCAUGUAUCUCAUCGCGUAUGGAUGCUCGAUUCGCGUCGAUGGUCCUGCUGCGUUUCGGAUCUGCUGGGGUGUUCAAGCCGUGCCGGGUGUGAUUCUGCUCGUCUCGCUGCUUUUCUUUCCCGAAUCCCCUCGAUGGCUGGCGGGUAAAGAGCGCUGGGAGGAGUGUUUGGAUACGCUUGCCCUCAUCCAUGGGAAUGGCGAUCGCAACGACCCUGUCGUGCAGGUGGAAUGGGAGGAAGUCCAGGAGGCAGCUCGCCUGGCGCACGAAGCGAAGGAUGUUUCGAUCCUGGCCUUGUUUGGACCGAAGAUCUGGAUGCGUACGCUGUGUGGCGUGAGCGCGCAGGUGUGGCAGCAGUUGCUGGGUGGAAAUGUCGCCAUGUACUACGUGGCAUAUGUCUUUCAAAUGGCCGGCAUGUCUGGAAACACAACUCUCUACUCGACCGCCAUCCAAUAUGUCAUCUUCCUCGUCACCACCGGCCUCAUGCUCCCCUUCAUCGAUCGCAUCGGCCGUCGUCUUCUCCUCCUCUCUGGCUCUGUUCUCUGCAUGAUCUGCCACUUUGCCAUUGCCGGUCUGAUGGCCACCUACGGCCACUACGUCGAUGAAGUCAACGGCGAUGCGAACCUGCGCUGGAUCAUCAAGGGUCCAGCCGGCAAGGGCGUCAUCGCCUGUUCCUACAUUUUCGUCGCCAUCUACGGCUUCACCUGGGCCCCCGCAGCAUGGAUCUACGCCUCGGAAGUCUUCCCCCUCAAGUACCGCGCCAAAGGCGUCGGCAUCGCCGCCGCCGGAAACUGGAUCUUCAACUUUGCGCUGGCGUACUUUGUCGCCCCCGCGUUUACCAACAUCCAAUGGAAGACGUACAUUAUCUUCGGUGUCUUCUGCACGGUCAUGACGCUGCAUGUGUUCUUCACGUAUCCCGAGACGGCGCAGCGAUCGCUGGAGGAGAUUGAUAUGUUAUUUGAGAUGGAUGUGAAGGCGUGGAAGACGGCGAAUAUCCAGGGCCAGUUUGGGGCGGAGGUGCAGAAUCGCAAGGGGAGUGUUGGGGAGAAGGAUGCCGCUGUUCAUGAGGAGAAGGUUUGAUCUGAGGUUAUAGAUAGUAUAAAUCUAGAAAUAAGCAUUAUUCGUAUUCCACAGUUACAGAAUGCAUAUGCAUGAUGUAUAGCCCCAAUAGCACAUAUUUACUAGGUCUCAGGUUACACAAAAUAGCGAUCGGCAUAAAACAAAAAUGGCUGGCUGAAAGUGAAAACGCAUGAUGAUAAUAUCCCCUCUUUUACUGGUUAAAUACGAG